CCGCUUCCGGUGUCGGUCUAGGCUGCGGGAAGAUGGCGGCGGCUGUGGCGGCCUUCGCACUGCCGGUCACCUUCGGGCGGCUGGUGUCUGCAUGCAGCCGCAGUGUCUUGAAAGCGUCGGGGCCCAGAGAGGCUUCCCUGUGGUCUGCUUCUCGAAGCUUCAGUUCGCAGAGCGCUUCAUUUCCACAAGGGUACGUUCCUAAAACGUCACUGAGUUCACCACCUUGGCCAGAAGUUGUUGUGCCAGACCCCGUCGAGGAGGCCAGACACCACACAGAGGUCGUGGAGAAGGUGAACGAGCUGAUCGCCCGGGGCCGGUACGGCAGGCUCUUCGCCGUGGUGCACUUUGCCAGCCACCAGUGGAAGGUGACCUCUGAAGACCUGAUUUUAAUUGAAAACAAGUUAGACGUUGCGUGUGGAGAGAGGAUCCGGUUGGAGAAGGUCCUGCUGGUUGGGGCCGACGACUUCACGCUGCUCGGCAGACCCCUCCUCGGAAAGGAUCUUGUUCAAGUAGAAGCUACAGUCAUUGAAAAGACAGAAUCGUGGCCAAAAAUCAAUAUGAGAUUCAAGAAAAGGAAAAACUACAAAAGGAAAAGAAGUAAGUUGGAGAAAGCGUGGCUGCUGCAUUCCCGUCCUCUGGGUGUUGCCCUGCGUCCUGCGCUGGGCCAGUUAUCGUGAGUCCUCAGACCGUCCUCCGGAUAAACACCAUCAAGAUUGCUCCAUGUCUGUGCUGAUCGUCCAGCUAAUGUUUCUAGAAAUAUAAAAAUAUAUCCAUUUUCCGAGGA